AUAAAUUGCCCGGGGCGGCACCCGAGCUGUGACAAUCCUUGGAGAGUUAGCGUGCUUAGGCUGCGCGCGAGCUUGCUUGUACGGCUUUUGCUAGCAACCUCUGUUUUUUCCGGACUCUAAAGCAUUCAAGGGAAAAAGAUGGCAGCGGUGUCUACUGAUGCCCAGCAGAACGUAGUUUCCAGGGUUGCUAGUUUGCCCCUGGUGAGUUCCACUUACGAUAUGGUCUCUUCUGCUUAUGUCAACACAAAAGAUAAUUACCCCUAUCUGAAAUCUGUCUGUGAGAUGGCAGAGAAAGGAGUGAAGACUAUUACAGCAGUGGCCCUGACCAGUGCCCUACCCAUCAUCCAAAAGUUGGAGCCACAAAUUGCAGUGGCUAAUACCUAUGCUUGCAUGGGUUUGGACAAAGUUGAAGAAAAAUUGCCUAUACUCUAUCAACCAACUGGUAAGGUGGUUGCCAAUGCUGUGGAUGCAGUUGUUGGUGCAAAGGAUGCCGUGACAACCACAGUGACUGGUGCCAAGGAUACAGUCACACACACCCUGAGUGAAGUUGUUGACAAGACAAAAGGGGUUGUUCUGGACAGCGUGGAGCUCACCAAAUAUGCUGUCCAUGGCAGUAUUAACACUGUUCUGCAGAGUCGGAUGGUGUGCCUAGUGACCAUUGGGGUGGAUACGGCACUCAGCAAGUCUGAAACGCUGGUUGAUCAGUACCUUCCACAUACCACAGAAGAGCUGGAGAAAGAAGCUACCAACAUUGAAGGAUUUGAAACUGGAGACCAGAAGCUAAGUUACUAUGUUAGACUAGGGUCUUUGUCUUCAAAGGUCCGAGCACGUGCCUAUCAACAGGCUCUAAAUGCAUUUAGGGAUGCUAAGCUCAAAAGCCAAGAGACCAUUUCUCAGCUCAAUUAUACUGUUAACCUGCUGGAGUAUGCCAGAAAGAACAUGACUAAUGCUAACGUGAAACUUCAAGAUGCCCAACAGAAGUUAUAUAAUUCCUGGACAGAAUGGAAGAAAAACAUUAGCCCAAAUGGCGAGGCUGCUUCACACAGUGCUGAGCACAUUGAAUCGCGCACUCUAGCAAUUGCACAGAACCUGAGUCAGCAGCUUCAGACAACCUGCCUCACGCUGGUGUCCAGUAUUCAGGGUUUGCCCCAGAACAUUCAGGACCAGGUUCACCAUGUUGGGGAAAUUGCAGGAGACGUGUACAAAAGCUUCCGGUCAGCCUCUUCUUUCAGAGAAGUGUCUGACAACCUCCUUACUUCUAGUAAAGGGCAAUUGAAGAAAAUGAAAGAAUCGUUGGAUGACGUGAUGGAUUAUCUUGUUAACAACACACCCCUCAACUGGCUGGUAGGUCCCUUUUACCCACAGUUGGCUGGCCCUCACAAUGCUGAGCACAAAGGUGAAGGGGAUAAAAAAACCAACCAGGAGAACAAGCGGCCUGAAGAAAAGGAAGAAUAAAUUGCGGCGGACAAAUGUACACUUUGUGUCCUAACUAACACGGUGGCUUAGCCAUUAGCAGAAUUUUGUCCAUUAGAGUCAAAGGGAACUGUCAGAAUGAAAUAGUGUUGCAUGUUUAAGUUGAAUUGUAUGUCCUUCACUUAAGUGAACUGAAAAAUGUGGGUGCCUUAUGACUUCUAAACCUCAGCUGAUUGCACUGGGGAGACCACACAUUGUUCAGCUAUUUAGCUAUGAAGCCCCAUCUUCAUCUAUUUAAAUAUAUUUAAGACAAAGCUUUUCAAUGUAUAUUAUAAAACAAAGCAAACCACUUAAUUAGAAAACAACUUUUGAAAAAAAAUACACUCAAGUAAUCAGAAUAUUGGUGUUCUUGCAUUCAUGCUAUUUCUUAAAAACAUUAAGCUACAUUAUUUUAAAUACUUAAAGAGCACUCUGAUCAGCUUCCCUGCUCUAUUUGAAUGAAGUUUAUGACUAACCUUUUUCCAGAGUUCCUUGUGGGCUGUGAACAUUUAUGGUAUUUAAUACUCUAAGACUUUGUACUACUUAAUCACUCCACUGGAAGUACCCUCGAGUAUUAUGCACUCAAUUCGAUUCAUGCUGUGUGUACGCGGGUGUUUAGCUUGUCUUCGGUAGCACUUCACCUUGUAAUUCUCCAUGUAUGCUCUCAAGUAAUAAAUGCUUCAGCAGCCAAAGUCUGUCUCUUGAAUUGUGUAAGCAAGUAUGGUUACAAAUAUUCUAUAUUGUGACUCAAUUAUUAUUGAGCUGAGUUGUAUUUUAAAACUGGGUGAAUAUAAACUGGUCCCUUAAUCGGCAUGUCACGCAUUACAUCUAAAUUAGAUGGGCUCAAUGUUGCUGCCGCAUUUGUUUCCUUCUGUGGCUCCCCAUCCAGCUUUACUAACUAUCUGCUGCUUAAGCUUUAGUAUUUCAGCUUAAUAUGAUCGUACUUUCUGUUGCUUGAUAGGGGUCUCAAAGGAAGGGUUGUGACUUGGUGGUGAUUUUUUAAAAACUACUGGGAUCCAGUUCAGACAUCCUGUGAUCUUGGACAAUCCAUCAGAUUGUGUAAUAGUCCCUGACUCUUACAAUUGAGAACUCAUGGAUAUGAAAAAAAUGUUUAUCCCAAGCAGACAUGUAUGUUUUUUGUUUUAAUACUUGGCUGUAUUACACUAGCAGUUUCCAAAACUUCCAAAACACCGUGAUAAUAGUUUUGUCUAAAUAUAGAAGAAACAGGCUGUAGAAUGAGAGGUGAUAUGUUCUCAAUGACUGAUUCUAUUCAAAUUGAUAAAAUAAAACAGCAAAGGAGCUAUUUUAGGUCACACUUCUGCAAAUCUGGAUUUUCAACAAAUCACAAGUUAAUCUAUUACUAAAUUUCCUUCCUUAAUUCACUCCUAAAGUUACUAAACAGCUCUAAUUCUUCUUAGCUUAUUUUGACAUAUCAGCUUUUGGACAUUAUCAAGUUACUUAAACAGAUAAUGUUAAUUUCGGCAGCAAUCUAACAAAAUAAGGCUUCUUAAGUUGCAACGUGCUACCUCAAUGAUAUGGAAAGGUAAUUUAACCCAUAAAUUUGAGAACACUUGUUUGGAUAGAUGUGCAUAACUAUUUUCUUCAGGCUGCACAAUUCCAUCAUUGUGCAUUGACUUCCUGCAAUAAAAUAAAAUGGCACCAUUUUGAAAAUUGGACCUAAAAGCUAAUUCUUGAUUUAGGAGUAUUCCUGCUUUGAAUAUGGGAAAUUGAUCUAGUGCACAAUUUUAGCAUUAUAUGAAAACAGAGCAUAGCACACAGUUUCUUACCUUGGCUCAGUUGUAUGGACAAAAACACUUGUAAUAUUCUUGGUUAGUAUCAUUGUCUUUCAUAAAAUAGUAAGAGGUGGUUUAAAAAACAUUAAAAUGUGCUGUAGAAGACCCAAAGUUGACUUGAAGAAACAGUGGUGGGCAACAUUUCUCAGAUCGAAUCCCAUAUUAGGAAGGCGGAAUGAAAAUUAAAGUAGAACCCUUAGAAACAUGGUAGUUUUUAGAAUAACUUGGCUUCCU